AUGAGCUUUGAGGGCGGCCACAGCGGCGGCCGGCGCCGCGAGGCGAAGAGCGGGGACGCCGAGCCACCCCCGUCGCCUCCCCCGCCGCCUCCCCCGCCGCCGCCCCCGGGAGAGCCGGCUUCGGGCCCCGCGCCCCCUCGCUACCUGCCGGCGCCGCCCGCGUCCCCUGAGCGCCGCGCGGGGUCAGACGAGCCGCCAGCGGAGGUGGUCCCGCGGCACCGGGGCGCCGAGGAGCUGCCGCCGCCGCCGGCAGGGCAGGAGGUGUCGGCGGCCGGCGACUCCGGCGAAGGUCCGAGGCGCCUUCCGGAGGCGACGGUCCCCGAGGCGGCGGCAGGGAAGGGCGGCCCCGGGGAGCCCGAGGCCGGCGCGGGUGGGGAGGGCGAGCGGCGGGGCGCAGGCGACCAGCCCGAGACGCGCUCGGUGUGUAGCAGCCGCAGCAGCAGCAGCGGCGGCGGCGGCGACCAGCGUGCCGGGCACCAGCAUCAGCACCACCAGCCCAUCUGCAAGAUCUGCUUCCAGGGCGCCGAGCAGGGGGAGCUGUUGAACCCCUGCCGAUGUGACGGGUCCGUUCGGUAUACACAUCAGCUGUGCUUGCUAAAAUGGAUCAGUGAGAGGGGUUCCUGGACCUGCGAACUCUGCUGUUACAGAUACCACGUCACAGCCAUUAAAAUGAAACAACCCUGCCAGUGGCAAAGCAUUUCUAUAACACUGGUUGAGAAAGUUCAGAUGAUCGCUGUAAUUCUAGGAUCCCUGUUCUUAAUAGCGAGUGUGACCUGGCUCCUCUGGUCCGCCUUCAGCCCCUAUGCAGUGUGGCAGAGGAAGGACAUCCUUUUUCAGAUCUGCUAUGGAAUGUAUGGUUUUAUGGAUCUAGUGUGCAUAGGUCUCAUUGUCCAUGAAGGAGCUGCAGUUUACAGAGUGUUUAAGCGCUGGAGAGCUGUCAACUUACACUGGGAUGUAUUAAAUUAUGACAAAGCCACAGACAUCGAAGAAAGUAGCCGGGGAGAGUCUUCCACAAGCAGGACUUUAUGGUUGCCGUUGACGGCUCUGCGGAACAGGAACUUGGUCCACCCAACCCAGCUGACCUCCCCAAGGUUUCAGUGUGGCUACGUGUUAUUACAUCUGUUCAAUCGAAUGAGGGCCCAUGAAGAUUUGUCAGAAGAUAACAGCUCGGGGGAGGUUGUGAUGAGAGUGACUUCAGUGUGA